CCUGAGCGACAGCAGGAACGAGUGAGCGCCUGACUACCUUACCUGGUAAGGUAUUGACAUCCAUCCAUUAUCUGGCAAGGAAUCUCAUGAUACAAAGACCUUUAAAACUUCUCACCACUUACCUACCUGAGGUCAUCUCAAGCCUCUUCACUUCCUCGGCGCAACGAGCUCAGCGAUCGUGUCGACUUGCCUCUGACUAGCCCCGCGCUGCUUUGUCUCCUAUCAAGUCAUCAGGCACUCAAAGCUGCCAAAGCUACCAACCACACUUGAGAUAGUAUCAUCGUGGAACUCGGCAACCUGCGUCGCAGAGCUACAAGAACAGCAAAGUAUAUGCGAAGGCCACUACAGUAUAGCCCGUCAUGAGCAUGUUCCAAUCGAAGAAGCCGUUCUCGGCGGUAACUGUAACCGUUGAGAACCUUACCUCCGAAUCAUAUGAAGAGGAAGAUCUCAGCGGUAUCCCCGAGCUUGUCGAUGUCAUUACCCUACAAGCUACGGGCCCUAGUGAAGCAGCUCGAGCCAUUCGAAAGAAGCUUAAAUACGGAAAUGUCCACCGCCAAAUCCGUGCAUUGGUCAUUCUUGACGGCCUCAUCCAGAACGCUGGUGAGAGGUUCCAGCGAACCUUUGUGGAUGAGCCCUUGCUUGAACGUCUGCGUGUUUGCGGCACCUCUGACUUGUCUGAUGUUGCAGUGAGGAAUAAGUGUAGGGAGCUUUUUCGCUCAUGGUCACAGUACGCUGGCAGGCCAGGGCUAGACAGUCUCGCACGACUUCACAGGGAACUACCCAAGAGAAAACAAGCUGUUACACAGGAGAGAUCUCGAGUCCUCAGAGAGACAGAGGAAAAUCCAUUUGUCGACGAUGAACAAGAAGCUGCGGCAAAGGCGGCCCGUGAUGCAAGGAACGCUUCAGGCCCUUCGAGCUCAACCCCAGCAUCUGGUUCAACAUUCGGACACUCUUCUACCAAAUCUUCCUCGGGGUCCAGUGCUUUCUUCGGUAGCUCUAAAGACAAGAAGAAGGAGAAAGAGAAGGAUAAGGCUAAGGGGAAGCGAAAGCCUUUCAAUCUUGAGGCUGAGAAGGAGCAAAUGAAGUCUGUCAUUGCUGACUCCUCCAUCGCAGCAACGAACUUGAUGAAUGCGCUUCAAAGCAUUAACCGUGAGGUGGAGCGCAUUUCAGAGAACCAGACGGCAGUGGAGCGCUUUGAAGCUUGUAAACUUCUUCGACGCAAAGUACUACGAUAUGUCCAUCAUGUUGAGGAAGAGCAGUGGCUUGGAGGAUUGCUUCAUGCCAAUGAUGAGCUUGUCCAUGCUCUCAUGUCUUUCGAACAGUUCGAUCGUUCCAUUGACGCGGACAGUGAUUCGGAUGACGAACUUGCCGAGCAAGCUCAUCUUUAUCGAAUGGCUACGAUUAAAGGCAAGGAGGCCAUGGCCAAGGCUGCCUCUCAGUCUCCAACCGCCUCGCAGCCUCCAGACCUCUCCGAGCUAAACAUUUCGACACCCGUUCAUGCAGCUCCUCCUCGGCCACCUCCCAUGUCCAAACCUCACUCAAACCCUCCCCCUCAACCCCCAAGGCCAGUUGCAGCUGCUGUUGCAGCUCCGCAGGAUGAAGAGGAUGAAGACGAUCCCUUCGGCGAUUCUCAUGCACUCGAGACACCUAUGCACGAACGUGACCAGCCUAAGUGGUAGACAUGGGGCCUAAAGACCAAGUCAAGUCGAGGCAAGCAUAUAGUCCUUUGUGAACCGAGCAGAUACCAGCGCGAUCCAGUCAGUUUCUUUAUCGAAUACAAACCCUUCUAGUCACCUCCCAAAAA